AGGUCUCCCCACUCACAUACCUGGGGACACACGCUACUCCGGGAGGUGAUUUGCGACUUAGCCAGGCCCCCAAGGUUGGGCUACUGUACGGAGAAAGUCUGCCCAGGUCCACAUCCAAGCCUUCAUCGUUUGUCCUCCAGGUUCUGGGGUCCUGCUGGAAGAGGGGAGAUUCUGCAAUGGGAGUUGCCACAGCCCCGUCGCCCCCCACCACCUCCAAAACCCUACAGAAGCAGCAUCUAGAAGCAGUGGGCGCCUACCAAUAUGUGCUCACUUUCCUCUUCAUGGGCCCUUUCUUCUCCCUUCUUGUCUUCGUCCUCCUCUUCACAUCACUCUGGACCUUCUCUGUUGUUUACUUGGUGUGGCUCUACGUGGACUGGGACACACCCAGCCAAGGUGGAAGGCGUUCGGAAUGGAUAAGGAACCAGGCAAUUUGGAGACAACUAAGGGAUUAUUAUCCUGUCAAGCUGGUGAAAACGACAGAGCUGCCCCCGGAUCAGAACUACGUGCUAGGCGCCCACCCUCAUGGGAUCAUGUGUGCAGGCUUCCUCUGUAAUUUCUCCACCGAGAGCAAUGGCUUCUCCCAGCUCUUCCCAGGGCUCCGGCCCUGGUUAGCUGUGCUGGCUGGCCUCUUCUACCUCCCGGUCUAUCGCGACUACAUCAUGUCUUUUGGACUCCGUCCGGUAAGCCGCCAGAGCCUGGACUUCAUCCUGUCCCAGCCCCAGCUCGGGCAGGCGGUGGUCAUCAUGGUGGGGGGUGCGCACGAGGCCCUGUAUUCAGUCCCCGGGGAGCACUGCCUCACGCUCCAGAAGCGCAAAGGCUUCGUGCGCCUGGCGCUGAGACACGGGGCGUCCCUGGUGCCCGUGUACUCCUUUGGGGAGAAUGACAUCUUUAGACUUAAGGCUUUUGCCACAGGCUCCUGGCAGCAUUGGUGCCAGCUCACCUUCAAGAAGCUCAUGGGCUUCUCUCCUUGCAUCUUCUGGGGUCGCGGUCUCUUCUCAGCUACCUCCUGGGGCCUGCUGCCCUUUGCUGUGCCCAUCACCACUGUGGUGGGCCGCCCCAUCCCGGUCCCCCAGCGCCUUCGCCCCACCGAGGAGGAAGUCAAUCACUAUCAUGCCCUCUACAUGAAGGCCCUGGAGCAGCUCUUUGAGGAGCACAAGGAAAGCUGUGGGGUCCCCGCUUCCACCUGCCUCACCUUCAUCUAGGCCUGGCCGCAGCCUUAUGCUGAGCCCCUGAGCCUAAGGCACUGAGAUCUCCACCCACUGUGGACUCCAUGCCUCCAAUAAAAGGUAGUUCUGGGCCCAGCGCAGUGCCUCACACCUGUAAUCCCAGCACUUUGGGAGGCCGAGGCGGGAGGAUCACUUGAGCCCAGGAGUUGAAGACCAGCCUGGGCAACAUAGUGAGACUUCAUUUCUACAAAAACUAAAAAAUAAUAUUGCUAAUUAGCCGGGCAUGGUGGCAUGUGCCUGUGAUCCCAGCUACUCGGGAGGCUGAGGCGGACUUGCUUGAACCCGGGAGGUGGAGGUUGCAGUGAGCUGAGAUCGCACCACUGUACUCCAGCCUGGGCAACACAGCAAGACUCAAUCUUGAAAAAAAAAAAAAGUUGUUAAAGCUAUAGUAGGCUGGGUGUGGUGGCUCAUGCCCGUAAUCCAAACACUUUGGGAAGCCGAGACAGGUGGAUCACCUGAGGUCAGGAGUGCAAGACCAUCCUGGCCAACAUGGCAAAACCCCCUCUUUACUAAAAAUACAAAAAUUAGCUGGGCAUAGUGGCUCAUGCCUAUAAUCCCAGCUACUCGGGAGGCUGACGCAGGAGAAUCGCUUGAACCCAAGAAGCAGAGGUUGCAGUGAGCUGAGAUCACACCACUGCACUCCAGUCUGGGCAACAGAGCGAGAUUCCAUCUCAAAAAAAAAAAAAAAAAAAAAAAGUUGUUAAAUCUAUAAUCGUUCUGGAAGUGAACAUGGCCAGGCAUGACUCGCCCCCAUCCUGAUGUGCUGCAAAGCUGCUGCCUUAGAUCGGGUAUCAGGACCCUGAACUGUCCUCCCAGUGAGAGUUCAGUCUGCGGCAUGACCUUGGACAAGCCGCUUCCUUUUGCCUGUUUACUUCUUUGUCCGUAAAUAAAGGCAUCUGCUUAGCAAA